UCUGCGCGCGGCGCGAUGACGCAAUCAGAGCGCGCGGCGCGGGGAGAGGGAAGGGCGGGGGGAGGCGAGGUGUGCGGGCCGGGACCUCUCCCCGCGGCGGUGCCGCGCGCCAUGGCCCCCCCCAAGGACAUCAUGACCAACUCCCACGCCAAGUCCAUCCUCAACGCCAUGAACGCCCUGCGUAAGAGCAACACGCUCUGCGACGUCACCCUCCGCGUGGAGCACAAGGACUUCCCGGCCCACCGCAUCGUCCUGGCCGCCUGCAGCGACUACUUCUGCGCCAUGUUCACCAGCGAGCUCUCAGAGAAGGAUAAACCCUGUGUGGAUAUUCAGGGCCUGACAGCCUCCACCAUGGAAAUCCUGCUGGACUUUGUAUAUACAGAAACUGUGCAUGUGACAGUAGAAAAUGUCCAAGAAUUGCUUCCAGCAGCAUGUCUGCUUCAGCUGAAAGGUGUGAAACAAGCUUGCUGUGAGUUUCUAGAAAGCCAGCUGGAUCCAUCAAAUUGUUUGGGCAUUCGGGAUUUUGCUGAGACACACAAUUGUGUGGAUCUAAUGCAAGCUGCAGAGGUCUUCAGCCAGAAACAUUUUCCAGAGGUGGUUCAGCAUGAAGAGUUUAUCCUCUUAAAUCAAGAAGAGGUUGAAAAGCUCAUCAAGUGUGAUGAAAUUCAGGAUCACAGCUCCUGCUCCAGAGAACUGGGGGAGCUGUCCUGGGAGUUCCCACUGGUCAGUGGAUGGAGCUCUCAGCUCCAGGCUCUGCUCCUCACCGUACUGCUCACUGCUCUGGGACUUGGACUGCCCGUGGCUGAUCUCAGCUGCAGGGGAAAAGGCAAACGCAGGUUUAAGGAAAAGAAAGUGGACUCGGAGGAGCCGGUGUUCGAGGCGGUGAUAAACUGGGUGAAGCACUCGAAGAAGGAGCGUGAGGCGUCGCUGCCGGAGCUGCUGCAGUACGUGCGCAUGCCGCUGCUCACGCCGCGCUACAUCACCGACGUCAUCGACACCGAGCCUUUCAUCCGCUGCAGCCUGCAGUGCAGAGACCUCGUGGACGAAGCCAAGAAAUUCCACCUUCGGCCCGAGCUCCGGAGCCAGAUGCAAGGACCCAGGACACGAGCACGUCUGGGAGCUAACGAAGUGCUGCUCGUGAUCGGCGGCUUCGGCAGCCAGCAGUCCCCCAUUGAUGUGGUGGAGAAAUACGACCCCAAGACCCAGGAGUGGAGUUUCCUGCCGAGCAUCACCCGCAAGCGGCGCUACGUGGCCACGGUGUCCCUGCACGACCGCAUCUACGUCAUCGGCGGCUACGACGGCCGCUCCCGCCUCAGCUCCGUGGAGUGCCUGGAUUACACGUCGGAUGAGGAUGGCAUCUGGUACUCCGUGGCUCCCAUGAACGUGCGGCGAGGGCUGGCGGGAGCCACAACCCUUGGAGACAUGAUCUACGUUUCGGGUGGCUUCGACGGGAGCCGCCGCCACACCAGCAUGGAGCGCUACGACCCCAACAUCGACCAGUGGAGCAUGCUGGGAGACAUGCAGACAGCACGGGAGGGAGCGGGGCUCGUGGUGGCCAAUGGAGUCAUCUACUGCCUGGGAGGCUACGAUGGGCUGAACAUCCUGAAUUCUGUCGAGAGGUAUGACCCCCACACUGGACACUGGACAAAUGUCACCCCAAUGGCCACUAAGCGCUCAGGGGCUGGCGUGGCUCUGCUCAAUGACCACAUCUACGUGGUGGGCGGGUUCGAUGGCACAGCACACCUCUCCUCGGUGGAGGCCUACAACAUCCGCACCGACUCCUGGACCACGGUGACCAGCAUGACCACGCCGCGCUGCUACGUGGGGGCCACCGUGCUGCGGGGCCGGCUCUACGCCAUCGCCGGAUACGAUGGCAACUCCCUGCUGAGCAGCAUCGAGUGCUACGACCCCAUCAUUGACAGCUGGGAAGUGGUCACCUCCCUGGGGAUGCAGCGCUGCGACGCGGGGGUCUGCGUCCUUCGGGAGAAGUGAUCAGGAGGGAGCUCGCAAAGAAAAACAUUCUAAAAUGUCUCGGCUGGAGGAAGAGUCCCAAAAUGAUUUGCAGUGACUGUUCUUGAGAGUUGUGGAUGCUAUGGGAAUAGGCACCAGAACAGCAGCUUUCUGUGCUGCUUGUGACUAGAGCAUGUGCAUAACUGUGUGAUCUCAGCAGUCAUUUGAAAUCAGGGGCUCUGUGGGAAGCUGGAGGAAGGGGAUGAAUGGGUCAGGAGAAGCUGCACUCUCUGCUGUUCCUGUGGCUCAGUCUGUGGGCAGAGCAGAGUUGCCCCAGCCUGGUCUCAGCCAGCCUGGUGACCCCUCCCAAGGACAUGUACAUAGCCCUGGGUCACCUGUUCAGCCGCCGCAGGACCCCGCGGGUCCUCGGGUCGCUCUCAGCCGUGUGGGUGUGUGAGGGUGAGUCCAGCUGCUCUUAUGUUCCAGCUUCAAAUCAUCGUGUACAUCCUGAAUGUUCCGACGCGCUCCCUGAGCACACGUGGCUGCAGAGCCAGGCUGGGUGACGUGAGUGAGGGCCCUGCACUGUCACUGUGUCUGCAGGGUCCUUGCAGCGCUGCACGCAAAGGAGUCGAAGGUUAAAGCUGUCAGCUACUGUGACCAGAGCCUGAGGCCACAGGGACAGAGGCAGGGGAGGAGCUCAUUGCCUGCCACAGAAGCAUCUGCCGUGUUUGUGCUCUCAAUCAGGUGCUCAGCAAGGUUCAUCACAUCGUGUUUCCUCAAAAAGCUUGACAGCUCCAGCUGCAAAUGAUGUGUGGCACCGGGAGCUUGGCCGUGCCUGUGCCCCACCCUGUGAAGAGGCCACCUGAGCUGAGGCCAGGAGAGCAGGGACACAGUGGCUGCUGCCCACCAAGGUCCUGCUGGGUGAGUCACUGGGGUUUGUCCCCAGACAGGCCUGAGUCCAGCACACCCAAGGCAGCCUUUCACUCAAGUUCAUUGUGUUGGUUUUCCUUUUAUCUAGGAUUUUUCUGCUUCCAGGGCUGUUCUGGAGUGACAUCCAGGAUUCUGUUUUGCCCUUUGUUCUCAGCUGUUUAUUCCCCUGUCUCAUAACUCCACAUCCUGUGACACUUGCUAUCCCUGGCCUGCCCCAUGAGCCCAGGUGAGGCUCCACCAGUGGCUCACAGCAGCUUGUGGAGCACUCCCUGCUCAGCAUGUCCUGCCUCACUGCGUUCCUGGGAGCACGGGCUCCCCUCUGCCAUCAGCUUGGCCCCACAGUGCCUGGGCUCCAUGUAGUGCUGCUCGUUGAGCUUCCUGCUGACUCCUUGCUUGGGGACAGGGUGGGAUCAGGGACGUGGUAGCAUGACCUAAUUAUGCACUUUCAGCCAAUGCUCUGACCUUCUGCGUUUGUUUCUAUCACACAAGUGUUCUGUGGUUUCGUUUCCUAUGUUUAUUUUUUAAUGAAAGUAUAAAGAAUAAAAUAUUUCCUGAGCCAGUA